CAUCUAUUGAUGUGCAAAAGAGCACAAAACAUGUCAAAAUGGCUGCCAGUGUUGCUGAAUCACCUGGUCAGCCACCUGGAAAUAGAGCCAGUGAAUGUCAGUCAUCCUCCAAACUGACCUCAUUAGAAGCAUCUGAGAACUCCAUCACAGAAAAUGGAAGAGCUAGCAUUCAAGAAAAGCAGACUAAGGAAAAGCAGCCUUCUCCAACUCUAUGCAGCCCAUCAAAGUCAAAGCGUAAACUGGAUUCAUCAGACGGGCACGAUGACAGCACAUGUGAUCCCCAGCUGGAGACCCUGUGCCGCAAAAAAUUCAAACCAAUUGCUCCCAAGCCUACGGUCAAGAAAGACCACCACCAGUCGGUUGUCACGGCAACCGUUCCCAUUAAAGAUGCUCCCCAGCCAGACUUUGGCCCAUCCUUCUGCGUGACCAAGGGGGACAGCAAGAGCGGACCGGUGAUGUUUGUGAGCCCAAAGGUGCAGCUGAUUCCUAGUGUACCAAUCAUUGCCCACACACCCAUGUUCAACACUGAGGCCUUGGCAUCCAGUGGUUCUCCAUUCUCAGUGACUGUUCCAUUGAUGUCACGCGGCAAGUACUUAAAUGUAAUGAAUCCCCCAGCUAGGAUUGCAAUGACAGACAUUGCAGGUCACUACAAAACUGUUGUUCAACUGUUACCAAGCAGUUCCAGUCACAGUUGUCUCCAGCCUACCAGCUGUGUGCCAACUAAGAGCAACCUGAACAAAACCAGUGCUGAUAUUUCUUCUGCCAACGCAGCACCAGUGAGAAGUGAACAGAGCCAAGGCAGAAAUGGAAUGUCAGCAAACAGAACUGCCAAAACGAAGACAGUAUCAAAGCCAAAAGCAAGUAGAUAUAAAUACAGCCUUCUGAUGAAUGGAGGUUGUUAUGAUGGUAACUUGAACACAGCAGCUAACACCAAGCCCCAGACCUGCAUCACACCAGCUGUCUCCUUGAACGGAGGUGUGCGAUUCAAUCUACCAGCCAUUCUAACAAGCUCAGGAAUCUUACAGAUAACUGUCCCCAGUGUUGGCAUUGCUAACGGGCAAGUGCAGUACUGUGAUGUUCCUUCAGCUGCAGAUGUCGUACAAACACAAUCUAGCAAUUUGCAAACUCCUUCGACACAGUCUGUGAAUGCAUCAGACAUUGUGGCAACUUCUACUGGACAACCAGUGAGCACAGCAAACGCCUGCAUCACUACAACUUCCAGUGGAUUGACACAGUCAAGUGUAAGUGAGUCGAGUGCUCGUCUUGGCAGUGUUGCUCAAAUUUCCUGCAAGAAAACCAAUGCAACAAGUACACGUGGUGUGUCUCUUGAUGAAACACUGAGAAUUAUGUUAAGGAGCCCAAGAACAAAUAUCUCCCACGAUAACCAAAGAGAAACAAGUCAGAAAAAGAAAAGCAAACCACACAGGAUGAGUGCUUCCUCUGCCAAAAGUCGUUGCAAGGGACAAAAGACCAGAGUAGAUGUGUCUGUUGCUUCUUCAGUGAGUGAAAACAGUAGCAUACAAGAUAAGAGCAGUGGCAGGAGUGGGAUAGUCGAAGCUUUGCCUGGUCAGUGUACAGAUGAAGUGUCUUCACACCCUGUUGACAGUAUACACAGAACAGUACCUAGUGAAUAUUUAUCAGAACAAAGGAACAAUGAAGUGACCACUACAGGCCAGAGUGUGCAAUAUCGACAAGGAGAUGCUGGUGAAAAUGGCCUGACAGAACAGAUAUCACUGGGGCAAGAUGUGAUACCAAAUCAAAGGAGUCAAGGGAUUAGAGCUUCAAGUUAUUUAGUUAAUGAAGAGACAAUGACCAUAGUGCAUCCGGCAACAACCACAGUCGUGGCAAACUCUGCCUCUCAUGAUUCAUCAAAGAGACUGCCAGACACAUUAGUUUCAUCAUCUGGGGCCUCAGAUUCUUGCUCGUCAAUCACCAAUGGCUUGGGCGGCAUGACAAAUGUUCAGGACCUUGACUAUUUAAGACACUCCACACUGCCAGUAAAUGUAACAACAAGCAAUAAUCUUCAUGGAUCUGUCAGGCCAGUGAAUGAACAGUGGACUAGGACUAUCACAACAGCUCCAAGAGCCUCUAGUUUGCCCAACUUUGCAACAGGACCUAGAGGCUUUUACACAAGCACAACCAUUGCACCACUGGUAACCUUUAAUAUUUCACAAACAGCAAACCAUCAAGUCCCACAAGGACCCAAGGACAGUGCUCCUGUACCAACAACAGUGAGCUUUCAGCCUGGUUUAGCUUUGCUCACAUCUUCCACCGCACCAUCUAUGCAAUCCAAGCAAACCAAUAACAUUACGGUGGUCACAACAGCCUGUGUUUCUCUCAGUAAGAGUUUAACUUCCAUACCAAGACUAAAUUCAAGAACUGUCUUCAGCACUACAAUGUGCAGUAGUGUGGUGAGCAGAAACUUGCAUAGUCAUGUGCAGAUGAAUUCUGCAUCGCAGGGAUCCCAUGAUGGAAUUCAUCCUGGAACAUCUGUCCAAUCCUUGCAGAAUCCAAGUGAAACCAUCAGGCCUCAAGGUAAUGUUCCUAGUUCUUCACAUCCUGUUGCAAGACAGCAAAGGCCACAUGCAGACUCCCACACAGCCGUAACUUAUUCCCACAACACAGUGACAUCAGUGGGGAAUGCAAAUCACAGCUUCCCUUCCACCUUGAUUAGCUCCAGCAAUUCCUGUAUAUCCACCACCACCUUGUCCACCCCUCCUGCGCCACAUGGAACUUACCUACUAGAUGUGAACACUCCAAGAAUACCACCUGCUUCUUUAUCAUCCAUCAGUGAUGAGAGGAAUGCUGUUCCGGUGCGAAGGCAGCCCCAGCUUCCUGGUGACAAUCUUGGUACCAUGCAUCCUGAGAUAAAUGGUGCCAUCGGCAACAGGGGCCACAAUCCACCACAGAACGAUUUGCCGUUAGUGAUAGCAAGACAGGCUAAUCAAGAGCAUCUUGUGCCGAGACAAAAUGUUGAUGCAUCAGGUGCAAGACCAAGCAGUCUUCAGUGUACUACUCUCACAAACAGACCCGAGCACAGCUUGUGCACCCCAUCUCUACCAGUAGUGCCCCACCAUGCAGGUAUCUUAGCCACAGCAAUACUCCGAUCAAGAGCUCUGGAGAGGAAUCCUUGGGGGGUUCCCUCUCUGAAUAUGAGCACACCUCCAGUUGUUUCAAGUGUUGCUCUAACGCCACCAGUGACAGUGACUCCUAACACGACUGCAGGCUUCUUUAGAGCUACUGAGACUGUCAGUGUGACCAAUAGUACCAUUAGUCACACACAUUCUGCAGACCAUGGACUUCAUUCACAAUCAGCCACUGGAAUGCCGUCAUCUGUGGUGAGAUGUACAGAUAAAGGAAUCCAAAACUGGCCCACCACUUCUGAGGGCAUUCUCUCAAGACAAGAGGGAAGCAGUUUACCUGGAACUCAUGCUGCAAGAUUAAGCACUGAGAGACAGGGUAGAAUGGCUGCACCCCCUCCUAGCUUUACUGGCAGUGAAGGUGCUGAUCAGGGGGUCAAUAAUUCUGUAACAACUGCACCAGGAGAUCAAGUCCUGAGCAUGCAAAGCCAUAUCCAGUCAGUUCCACUUCACAGCAAUAUCCCACCAAAUGCAAGGAAUGCCAUGAAUGAGGCAUUGCAGCGACGGAACAGGAAUCUGCGCAUGCAUCCUACAAGGUCCGAAACUCCAAGCUCAGUUGUCAGCACACAGACCCAUGCAAGCAGAGUGGCGGUGUCUGCCAUCCAGGAGAGCAGCAGCUUCACUGGAACCCAGCCGACUCACGCUGUUGCUGAAAGGGGAGAAAUGACAAGCACAGAUCUUCUGCAUGCAUCAAGGGAGCAUCCCAGGCAAGAGUCUGUUCCCCAUCAGCACCCUGCUCAUCAUGUACAUGGCAUGCCUGGUGCACGGGUCCCUUCAAAUUCCAUGUCUCAUCUGCCCAUGCCAUUGAUGCCCCCACCAUCCGUCUUGUACGGCAGCUCCACCCCAGUGCCCAAUCUUUCCAUGACUCCUCUCCAUGGGGUGCCACUGCCAGGGUCACUGUCAGCCCAUUCUGUUCAAGGACACGGCAUGACUCACCAGGUUCAUGCCACACCCCCACCUGCCCCCCACCAUGGGCAGUCCGCUGGAUCAAACCCGCAGGGCCCUGUCAAUCACAUGUUUGUACCUACCCCAUAUGGUCCUAUCCAUCGCUCUCUGUACAUGCCACCACCGAGUCCCCAUCCCCCAGAUCUGAGCCUGAUGUCUCCAAGAUCCUACGGUCAAGUCCAUAUGCAUGACAGUGUGUUGUACAGCCCUCGAUUUUCUUCUCCAAUAAGAAAUUUGCCAGGAUCAAGCUUGGCAGAGGGAAUGUUUGGGACCGCAAUGCCUAGGAGCUUCUCAGAUGACCGAUUGGACACUUGUUGUUCUGGACCUUACACUCACUCCCCACCGAUUCAUGACAACUCAAGUCACAUGUACCCACCUGGCUUUAUGUCACCACCAGUGAGUAGAAAUCAACCACCUUCACAAACCAGUCUUUGUGACUCACACCAGCGGCAAUUCAACCAUCGAAGCCAUCAAGGCGUGUCCGAGAGACACCCAUUCUGCCAUGACAGCAUAAGACAAGCAGCACCUCAAGUCCCGGUUCCCGUAACACAGGCCAGCAGUUUCAAUGGCACUCCAAGUUCAGCCAUAGUUACAACUGUAUGCAUCUCUCUAGACUCUAAUGUGUUAGUCUGCACAGCAUCCUCAUGUGUUCCAACUCAGCAGAGUAGUCUGGGGAACUCACUGCCUGCAAAUUCACUCAGUCCAACAACCUCAUCCACAGCAGGAGUAACCCCUGGAACCAUGGUUUCCUCAAGUGCCAGUGAAAACACUUCUGCCGUGCCAUCAGCCCCAACCAGCUCUUCCAGCACCACCCCAGUCAGAGUUGUAAACUUGGGAAACACGAGUGACAAGUACCUUCCUCUGGAGCUGGUUGUUUCCUCUCCAUCUACACCAGUCACCUCAUCUGCCUCAGUUGCAACACUCCCCAUGCAACUCAGCAGUGAGCAGAUUGUCAAGUUUGGUGAUGUGAUACUGGAAUGCAGCCGGCAGAUCUUGAGGGAGUCUGGUCGCACUGUGCUGUGCUGCUGGAGUUGUGACUACCACACAGCCGAACCCAAGAAGAUGUACAGGCACCAGCGUCGUGAUGAACAGCCAAUGAAGUGCCAGCUUUGCAGCCACAUGGGUAUCUCCCGCUGUCAGUUAAAUCAGCAUUUUAAGGAGAUGCAUAUGGAUAAGGAUGAGGACCCAUUUAGGACGCCAGCUGUAACAUGAAAAGUCUCUGUUCAGUGUCUCCAAUUGCAACCAACGUUUGAGGAGGUCGUAACAAACAGAGAAGGUUAAUAGUAAUCAAACAAUUAUACAUUUUACUUUCUGUUGCUUUACAUGUAAAAGGCCGCUCAAUAUCAAACAUGCAAGUGAUCUUGACAUUUAAAUUUGGCUUGUCUAAACCAUUUACAAACUUUUCUUUCAUGUUGAAAGUGAAACCUCACGAGAGUGCAAAACAAGUCAAGUCAGUACAGUGUCAGGAAGUAAUUAGCCCCGUGACAUUCGCUGUAUUGCUUACUAAAUCCUACUCCUCCAAGUGAAAGCUGCUGAGUUGGAAGAGAGGGGUUAAGUCGAGAUUCUCAUGAACAACAAACUUUGUCUAGUCUUUUCUUCAAGGGAAAAAAACUGAGUCCAAAAUUCUAAAAUGUAAUGCACGAUGAAUCAUUGAUAAAAUCAGCGUGUAGUGUUUUGUUCAUAACCUCAAACAUUGAACAAGACAGGUUUUUAGUCCAGAACCAAAAGCGAAGAUCCUGUGAAGGAAUUUGUACUUCCAUGUUCCCGCAUACAUGCAUGUCACUCUGUGCAUUGAUGUGUAUAAUAUGUACAUGUACAUCUAUGUUGGAAAGGCUGGUUAAAACAUGUUGUCGCUGAUUUUGUCUGGCACUUAAGCAGACAACUUCUGGAAGACAUUUUAAGCUCAGAGUUUUAUCUCUAUGUUGUACUGAGUUUUGAGAUGUGGGAAGUCAUCUCUUUUUUUCUUGGAGGGCAGAUUUUUUAAUAACCUAAUUUCAUUUCUCUUCUGUCUGUAUUUGAAACCAAAACCUCAGACACUGCUGUCAAUGAUUCUUACAACUUUGUGUAAUUACGAGUACAUGUAUGUGAUUUUGUUGAUUGAAAUUGUAAAAAAUAUAUAAUUAAAAAUGCAGCUGAAAUAGUUUACAUAAUCCAUAUUUAUAUUCGUACCUUUUCUGUAAUUAACAUGUUUGAGUAAAAUUGUACAUGCUGUUAUUCCACUACCAUGUAAAAUAAGGAACAAAGAGAGUAUUUAUGCACCAAACCAAGUUUGUAUUUUCAUGUUUGUUGCUUUUUUAUCUUUUCAAAAGAUUUUUACAAGAAAUUGUUUGCACCUGUUGAGCUUUUUUAUACAAACUAUACCCAUGUAAAUUGAUUUUUUGCUUUUUUUACACUAUCAACUGGCUAAAAUUGUUUACCCAAUUUUGGCUAUUUUUCUUGUUCAAAACUUCAGUGUUCAAGAUGUUCUUAAUUACAGCCAUUAUAAUUAUAGUCUUGUUCUGCAACUUCAAGGCAGUUCAAGCAGUUAAUGCACCAGCCUCAUUCUACUCAUCAAUGACACUUCUUUCUGAAAAUGGAAAAACUGAGCUGGAUGCUACAUAGUUCUGUUUGAUGUUAUUACUAAGAUGAGUAUGUAAUGAUCUCCCUUUUUGUUGGGUAAGAUGCUCACUGCAGAAGUUCAGGUUUCUUUUUGUAAAUUCCUGUUAUUAUUCUUGGGAAGGUGAUAUGCAUGUAUUAAUUGUAUGUGGGAAUUUGAUUUCCUAUGUUAUUUGAAAUUAAGGUUUAAGGUUGUGUUGUCACAAAUGGGAGUUUGAACAUGGUGCUGACAAAUGAAAACAAUCUUUAAAUGCAAGUUUACUGUAUUGCACGUGUGGUUUCUUAUUAUAUCCAUAAAAUGAUUGAAUGGAAAUUGUUUCUGUUGUCACAGAUAUGGUUUAAUUAGGCCACACAUUUGCUGCUAAAUUUACUUGAGUUCAAAAUAUUUAAUUUCACGACACAACCUUUCAUUUAGAUAUGCUUUUAUUAAUUAACUUGUUUCAGCUCAACUCCCCUCCCCUAUUAAUACAAAUACUGGAUGUAGGGAACCACGUUUGGUGUGGCCUCUUUUACUUUUAGGUUCAUAGAAAGUCAAAUUGCUUAAUACAUAUAAUAGUCCAUCUUGGUCACAAAUGAUGGAAAUGCAGCUAAACAUACGGAAUAUGAAAAUGAUUUGUCCGCUUAUUUUAGCACAUUUGGUUCACAUUAAAAGGGACAGUGAAAUACAUAUUUUAUGCUGAUAAAAGAAGCUUUACUUCAUGGAAUA